GCACAACAGUGAAAACGAACGGACCAAAGCCAGCCGACCGUUGAAUCGCUGUGUUCACCCCGUAGAGCGUAGAAAAAUCUACUUUCAUCUGACGAUACGUCGUCGCGUCGACGUAUCGUUGUAUCCGCUUUGGUUCAAAACACGUUUGUUGAUCGAAAUUCAGUGCCAUCGGUUAACGGAAAGUAGCGUGAGACGAGAAAGUGGCAUUUAUUUGACACACCGCGGAAUUGCUACUGCACUCAGUAGCCGGGUACCGAGAGCUAGCAGCAACGUCUCGCCACAUAACGGAAAUACUCGAGCUUCGUGUUGUCCAGUUGAGAUUUUGGAGCCAGCGCGAUGGCUUGUGGAGCUACUCUGAAGAGGACUCUGGAUUUUGACCCUUUAAUGAACCAGGCUUCCCCCAAGAGGAGGAGGUAUUCCCCAAUCCGUUCUCCCGUUUCGUCGCCGCAGAAGUACCUCCGCCUGGAGCCUUCGCCUUUCGGACAAUUGUCGUCCAGACUCACCACAGAGCAAAUCCUGCACAACAUCAAACAGGAGUAUAAGCGGCUCAAACGACGAAACCUGGACACUUAUUUCCAGCAAGUAGACGGCUCCGCUGCUCUGGAGCUUCACAAUAUCCCCAGUGGAUCGUCCCUAUCAGGUUCAUGCUCAGGCGCCUCUUCCCCCACCAGGAAGGAGCAGCCCUUAUUUUCCCUCCGACAGGUCGGGAUGAUCUGUGAAAGACUACUAAGGGAGCGCGAGGAUAAAAUCCGGGAAGAGUAUGAUGAGAUUCUGACCACGAAGUUAGCAGAGCAGUACGAUGCCUUUGUGAAGUUCACGCAUGAUCAGCUCAUGCGGAGGUUUGGAGAACAGCCUGCUAGCUAUGUUUCUUGAGUCAACAUGAAGAAUAAUACAAUCUACUGGAACCUCAGUGGUCGACUUGGACUUUCUCCCAGCUGUGCCAUAUUUCCUCCCAGUGGACCAGAUGGACUAGUCUGCGGUUAUCAUCCUUUUUGUUGUUGCUGCUGGAAUUUAGGAGGACUCCCUGCCAUUGAAUCGUCCGAAGACCCUCUGUGACAUCCACCAGUGGCCUCGCAAUGUUUCCUUGGCUUUCUUCUCUGGAUGCCUUCACAUACUCAAGGACGACUGACACCAUAACGCUCUCUGGCUAUUUUAAUUUAAUUCUGCUAUCC